UAAUCGGUUUUAUCAUCACUUCACCAUUUCAACUUUCUAGCGAUUUUCAAUUGGUUAAGCUUGAUUUGGUAAAGCAGCUGAUUUUAAAAGAAAAAAAUAUAUAUCUUGGUUGAUUUUAAACAAAGUGAUAAUCUUUAGUACAUAGCUGGCUUAUCGUACUUUUAAUUUACUUUGAUAAGACAAAAUUGAUUUCAUAGUUAAUUAUGAAUAAAUAACGCAGUAGGUUAUUGAAAUGAAUCGGAUAUUUAUUGGUAAUAAAUAUACAAGUGUGUUCAUCUCGUCUUUAAGGCGCCAGUAAAUUUGCAACAAAAAAAUCAAUAAACAGAAAGUGAUAAUUACUAGUUGCAACGUGCGUAUAAAUUCAUUGACAUUUUAGUGCGUAUAAUCUACAACGAAUUUCAUAAUAAUAUUAGCAACAGUAAAGCAUCAAAUAUCAAGUAAACAAAACUACAAUGAAGCAGCAGUUUGUAACUUUUUUCACAUCGUUGUUGUUGGCUAUAAAUGUGUGUUGUGGUGAAGAUAAGGAUCCACAGGUUUUCUCAACUAUUGAAUGCCAGUUAACAGAGCCCAUUUAUGGUCAAAAAUUCGACUUCAAUUUUCUACAUUCCGAUAUUGCGAAAGUGGCAAAGAGCCCCAAAGGGGAUACAUUUGAGUAUAAUAUUUGUGGAAACCUAAGCCGCACAUGUGACGGUAAAAACGUGGCCGCAUGUCUUAGGAGAGGCGAUCAGGAGUUUGUGCUUGGCACGCACCAUGUAUUAAAUUACAGACAUGGUAAAAUGUUUUUGGAAUUCAGCAAUGGCGCCAAGUGUCCUAAUGGUGACGGUGAUUUAAAGUUGUUCGUACAUCUUGGCUGUGACUACACAUUAGAUGCGCAGCAAUCAAGCGUGACGCCAUAUGCUGCUGAUGCAUGUAGUUUCUAUAUAUUACUCGAAACGCCAUAUGCUUGCUUACCAGAACCGGAUGCUGUUAAGUCAAAUGGUUGCAGUAUACAAGAUCCUGUGAAUGGACAUAACUAUGAUUUGCUUUCGUUGAGUGAUUUUAACUAUAGAGCAACUGAUCGACGCGGAAAUGCAUUUGUGGUGAACAUUUGUAAACCAGUCUUGUAUGGAGAGAACGUGAUGUGUCCAAGUGACAGUAGCGUAUGCUUCAUUCAGCUGAAUUCCACCGAUUAUAAAAAACGUUUUUUCAACUAUGGCACCGUACAACCUAAUCCAACAAUAGAAAAUGGUAAUCUCAUUAUGCGUCUUCCAUCUCCGACACCGUGCAAUGGAACGUCUAAUUACUCAUCAACUAUACAUUUUAUGUGUGAUGAUGAAAAGAAGAGCUCCAAAUUAUCUUUUCUUGGCGUUAAUGAGUGUGUGUACGAAUUUUCGUUUACCACUCCAUUGGCAUGCAAUGAUAAUCCACCUUGCACCACGAUAACUCAUGGCAGCGAAUUUUUGGAUAUGCGUUCGCUGCAGGGCAAAACAUAUGAAUUGUCAAUGCCUACGAAGAACUAUACGUUGGGUAUCUGCUCGAAUGCAGGUCAGCCGUGUAUGGCAAAUGAUGGUGCCUGUCUCGCCGAGAACCAACAAACCACCGGUUUGGGUCAAAUGAAUUCGCAAUUACGAUACAACCAUUCCGGCACACCAUAUUUGCUGUACACCGAUGGUGCACUCUGUGAUGGCCAAACCAAGUGGUCGACAAAAAUUGAGUUUGUCUGUGCCAACAAUGCGACCAAAGACAAUGGGACGGCGGAUAACAGCAAUGGCAGCAAUGGCGAUGGCAGUCAUGUUUUGGGUCCAAAAAUAAUUGAAAAUAAAAAUUGCCAACUCCUAAUUCAUUUUCAAACACCAUUGGCAUGUCAAGAGCAGAUUGAAUGCAAAGUCAAAGUCUUUGUUGAGCAUACGGAUGAUGGUAUGGCUGAGGAGGAGGUGGUCGAUUUGACGCCAUUGAUUAGUGCAACCGACAACUAUGAGGCUGAAAUUAAUAACGCAUCAAUAACGGAACAACAAGUGCCUAAAUCGACUAAGUUUUUCCUCAAUAUCUGUCGCCCGCUGGUGCCGAAAUUCGGUUUAGGUUGUCCCGGUGGCUCGGCAGCCUGCAUGGCUAAAGUCGAUUCAACAUCGCCAACGCCGGAGGAGGAGAAGUGGCACAAGUUGUUGUAG